AUGAUGCUACGGGAGGACAACUGGAACUUCUGGCGAACAGCACUCAAGGGUCGCAUGCUGAGCAAGAAGUUCAAGGCAGUGUAUGACGGCGGAGUCGCACUGGCCAACGAGCGAGGACUCGCGGCGUCCAACGCCGGCAACAUCACGACCCCCGCGAGAACUAGCACACAGGACACAACCUACUCGGACGACAAUGACGUAUAUGCCUUGGGUAUUCUCCUCACCUGCUGCUCGGAGUCUCAACAACAAUACGUGGCCGAGGGCGAUACGUACGGCGAUGCAUGGUGUGCGCUGACCAAGCACCACGAACAGAAAACACGCGUCGACAGGCUGGUCACCCUAUCCGAGUACUUCAACAUGAAGUGGAACACGAAGCAAGAAAGCUUACCGCAGUUCCUGGAACGAUACGAGAUCGUUCUCCGCAAACUCAAGGCAAGCGGCGACGCCAUCCACGAGUUCACGCCAUGCCGACGGCGCAGAGGCAAUAGUGGCAAGAAAGAUCAAAACAAGGAAGAUUCCGGGAACCUUGCCUUGGAUGAAGUAGUGUGGAUAUUCGCGGCAAUCGAGGACGAAGAAGUCGAAGACGCUGAUAGCAAUGCCUUCGUCUUCUACGCCACCGACUCCCGCGGCCGAGUCCUCGUUGAUUCGGGGGCGUCAACCCACAUGACCGGGGACGCCACUCGGCUGACCGACUUGAAGCCCUGUGACCGGAUGGUCAUCGUCGCCAACGGCGGCCGAACACGCGCGACCAAGGUACCAUGCGGGUGA